AUGGCGGCAGUGGCAGUGGGUGGUUUGGUAGGCUCCACUCAUCUGCAAACUUUUUCAUAACGCUGCCUACAACCCCAUCUGCCAAUUGUUUGUUGUAAUCUGGGGGUUGCUGAGCAUAUUCCCACAUGAAUUUUACUUUAAAUACUGCGGUAGGAACAAGAGCAAACAAAAUCAUGACUACACUGGUCUGUACCUCUUCACCUGCGGCCUCAUACUGCUGGUACCUGUUUUGAUCACCUGUAACACACCAGGGACUGUGGCUAAAGAACAACCAUGUGUGGAUCACACCCCCAGUGAUCCACUUGGCACUCCACAAACACAACUGAGAUUUUUUGGACUGGGCUUUGCUGCCGUCUUUGAACGGGUUCUCAGGGGCAGUCGCUCCCAGAUUAUCAAGCCACACACAACUACAACCAGGCGGAUGAGAAGCUGGCACACAGACAAAAUGCUACUACUACUAUUGCUGCUAUAAGGGGACGUUCAUCUCAACCCUGGGCCCUCUUCACAGCAAGUGGGCGGCUAUGCUACGCAGGACAUCAUCCCAUCAUCAUCACCAGCGACAACAUGCUCCCAGCCCAUGACACCAACUACAACAAUCACGCAACUCACCGCCUGUUAUGUAGGGUAGUGUCAGUCCAGGUACAACCGCGGCGGACGCUGCCCCAGGGAGCAGUUUAG